GCAUUGACAUAAUCUAAUAGUUAAGCUUAGAAUAAAUAUGUUAUUAGGAAUUUUUUGUAAAUAAAAAUUGGUAGAAAGUAAGGACUUCUGCCCCCAAAGUGGUUUUGGAUCUUUCAGGUUUUUUGUCUACAUUCAGCCUGCAGUAUAUUCCCACAGUGAUGAUUGAUGUAAGAGGCCAUUAAUCUUCUCUUCAGAAUCUGAUGGCUGAAAUAAUAUAUGCAUGUAUUUUCUGUAGAAACCCUCAUUGUUUCCAAAAAAUGAGCAAGUGGCAACUGGCUGACAUGAAGGACUGUAUGCCUCUUAAAGAGAGGCAGAAAAAACAGCCUGAGAGAAAGCAUUAAAGAUUCAUGUACAUAUCAUCCAGGUGUGCCAGUCUUUCAUGAUGCUCUCAAAGGUUGGUCGUGCUGUAAGAGAAGAACAACAGACUUUUCUGACUUCUUAAGCAUUGUGGGCUGUACAAAGGGUCUCCAUAACAGUGAGAAACCUCCUGAGCCUGUUAAACCAGAAGUCAAAACUACCUCUGAACGAAAGGAGCUCGCUGAACUGAAACCCAAAUUUCAAGAACACAUCAUUCAGGCACCAAAACCAUUGGAAACAAUUAAAAGGCCAAGCCCAGAUGAGCCAAUGACAAAUUUGCAGCUGAAAGUGUCAGCUUCCUUGAAGCAAGCACUAGAUAAACUGAAACUGUCAUCAGAAAACGAAGAGAAAAAAGAGGAAGACAGUGAUGAAAUCAAGAUUGGGACAGCAUGUAAGAAUGCAGGCUGUUCAAAAACCUACGAAGGACCACACAGCACAGAAGACAUAUGCAUAUACCAUUCUGGUGUACCUAUAUUCCAUGAAGGGAUGAAGUACUGGAGUUGUUGUAAAAGGAAAACAUCUGACUUCAAUACGUUUUUAGCUCAAGAAGGCUGCACAACAGGAAUACACGUAUGGACUAAAAAGGAUGCGGGUAAGAAAGUAGUUCCAUGCAGGCAUGAUUGGCACCAGACUGGAGGAGAAGUAACUAUUUCUGUAUAUGCUAAAAACUCUGUUCCUGAUCUGAGCUAUGUAGAAGCAAAUAGCACAAUGUUAAAUAUCCAUAUUGUAUUUGAAGGAGAAAAGGAAUUUCAUCGCAGUGUGAAAUUAUGGGGAGUAAUUGAUGUAAAGAGGAGUUAUGUGAACAUGACGGCUACAAAGAUUGAGCUUACUAUGAGAAAAGCAGAGCCCCUAUUAUGGGCAAGUCUUGAAUUACCGGUAUCCAACACACAACAGAAAAAAGAGAAUUCAGAUCAAUAAUGUUUCCAAGAGACAAGUUAUUUCCCCUUAUGAAGUGGUGACUUGCUACUGUAAUCAAAUAUUCAACUUUUAUAUAGAUUCUUUUUUUAAUGCUAGAUCCUGUGUUCUGUUCUACAAAGAAAUUUGACGCACAGUAAAUGGGGGUGUAAACCUGAAGAGUAAUAGCUAUUUCUGCUCUUGCUCCCAUGAGUAUAUUUAUUCUAGUUGGAGAGCCUCCAUGGGGAUUUAGAGUAAAAGAGCUAUUGCCCUGUGCUUACAACCUUACCUGUCAUGCAUUGACUAUCCAAAUAGAUGUGUUUGUUCUCAGUCCACUGUGUGUGUUAAUUUUUCAAGUGUUUGGUUUAGACUGGAUCUACUGGGUAGCACAUGUUAAAUUCAGCACUGUUCAUUUAUGAAGCAUACAGUAAUACAGAUACAAAAAUCUGAGUUUAUGAAGUGAUUUAGCAUGCAGUGUACAGCAUAAGCAAAACACUGUAAUUGGAAAUCAAGACCUUAUUUUUGUUUUCAGUUGUCCACCAGUAAAGAUUGGUGGCUGAAAACAGGAUGGUUUUAAAGGUGAGACUUUUAUCCAACUCAUGAUGUUGCUUUCUCUUUCUGCUUGAAAUAGUUUCCUAAUUUGGGAUUGCAGCUAAAAAACAAGCCAAUGUUUUCAUAUGUCAUGCAAAAUAAACAUGAUUAUUGUGCCAAAACUUACAUAUGUAAACAAGUAGUCCUGUGGAUUGUGAGAUGUGUGGAUACUCAUCUGCCCACCUUGACAGACCUAGAAUAACACCAAGAGAAACACAGAACAUAGUAAAGGCAUUUUGAACUUAAAUGUGGAUUGCUAAGAAUCUUACUGUUUUCCACCAGGUAUUAUUUGACUUGAGCUCAGAGUUCUGUUUCCAGCAGUACUUGGAAUCCUACUUCAUGCCUAAAGUAAUAGGAAAUACAUUACCAAAGAAACCAUCCCCAAACACCAGGAAAGUAAUACCAGUGCUGUAUAUAUGAAACUUGGUUUGGUGCUUCUUUACUUUUUCUCAAUUACUUGGAGGGAGUGUGGUUGUUUACUCAGUUGGGCUCCUAUUAGAAGUUCCAGCUCCAAGUUCUGUCUAAAAGAUUCUAUUAACCUUUAAUAAUGCCUCCUAUUAUCUUUUUAAGGAAAUUUGAAAUGUCAGGUGCUAUGAAGUGAUAGGGACAAGCUUACAAAAAUGUAUGCCUGCAAAUGGUCCUCUAAAAAUUUAACAGAUGUUCCCUGAUGUGUUUUGAACCAAGAAGUGGAGCAGUUAUUAGUAUAAUACUAAGAACAAUCAUUUCAGUGAUGAAAAGUUCUAGAUAGCUGUAGCUACUAGCAUGCCAUCUGUAUUUUUGUAUGCAGAACUCUGAACUUGGACAGCAAAAUGAGCAGUGUUUAAAAGCCAGGAUAAAGUUCUUAUUUAACAAGCAAAUUCAAACGUGUGCUUAUCCAUAUGGAUAUAUUAAUACCCUAAAUAUCUUAUGUUUUCUACAUUUUUUUAAACAUAUUUUCAAUUUAUUUGCAUCUUCACAUACAGUAGGUUUACAUAAUGUAAAAUCCAUUUUUAAAAAACUAGAAGCAAAAUGGAAUUUAUUAGGAAAACAGAAUUUCUGUUUUUAAGCAAGUUAUAUUCUUCCUUACUUUACUACAGGCUAAAUGGAGAGAAAUGUCAGUGGAUGGACCUUCUGCUGUUAAUGCUGCAGGCUUUGGGACCCCAUAACUAUGUGGUUUAGAAUCACAGAAUUAGAGAAUCAUUGUUGCACUCCUUAAAAUUACAUUCUUCUGAUAGCUGAGUCAACUUGGCCAUAAGCAGAAGAAACACCCUGUAAACAUGGUCCUCAGCUUUGCUUUUGCUUUUCAUUCAUUCCUCCUACUCUUUUCCUAUUAUUCAAACUUUCAGCACAAAAUUAAAAGAUUUUCAGGGGUUCCAUAAUGACUUUCCCCACUAGUGGCAAUAAAACCACUUGUAAAAUUCACCCGUUUAAAAAAGUAAGAAUCUUGCCUUUGAUCAGGCAAGAAGGUAUAGGUUUUACAAGUAAUAGCCUAGUUUUAUGUGGCCUGUGAUGUUUUUCAAAGUAGAAGGAUAAACUUUCAGAUGGUAUAGACUGCCAUAAGUCUCUUGUUUAACUGCAUUAAUUCUUAGCAGCUUUUUAUAACCAUAUGUCUGCAUCCAUUAUCAAGCUGCAAAAACUGUAUCACAUACUGAAUUUGAGUGUUUUGAGCAGUUGCUAAGAACAGGCUUCAACACACCAGUGUUUGAUCCUGGUAUUUCAUGAAAUGACAUCUUGACAUGGGUAGUGGUAGCUGACGCUUCAGUGGAAUAUUGGUUAUGCUGUAGCUUUUAUUAGUAAGUGUGGAGAGAUGGUGAAACCAGCUAUAGUGUACCAAACAGUGACAAUGCGUUCUCAACAGCUACAUUUGAAAACUAAGCUAAGUGAUUUUUGAUCACAUAGGCUUCCACCUGUCUAAUAAUAGUGAAACUAAAUUGCAAACAAGUAUGUACUGGAAUACUUGCUGUUAAAUUUACCCUUUUUUAUGUUUUAAGAAGUGCUGUAUUUAACAAGUUGGUUAACUUGAUACAGUCUAGGUAUAUUUUUAGAAUUAAUGAGUCUUUAAAAGCUGUAGUGUGUUUCAGUGUGGGUUUACAUGUUACACAUGUAGACAGCACAUUACAUGUCUCAACUGACUGGCCAGGUGCAUAUAAAACUUCCUUCACUAUCCCUUUUCAAUAUGAAAAGUUGCAUGGCUAUACAAGUUUGUGACAGAAAUCUUAAUCUUUUCCCUAAUGUAUAUGCCAUUUUCCUACCGAGUGUUGUAUAUUAUAUCUGUAACAACAUUUCUUGGAGGAGUUGAAAUUUAUUUUUGUUGUUAAUAUACUGUUAAGCACUGGGCUCUUCAGCUGCUCUGAAUUAUGUUUUACAUGGCACUGAUGUAACGACAAAAAAAUUAUCUAUUGGAUUAUCUUCUGGAACAUGUACAUUAUCAAGUCACCAUUUCAAGUAGUUUAGGGAUUAGUUUUAAUAGGACUUUUGCCUUGGGAAAAAAAAAUCUACUUAUUCUAUGUAAUGAUGCAUUUUUUGCUUGCAUUCUUUAAACAUGGCAUGAGUAUUGGUUAAAUACUGUACCUGUUAGUCAUUGGUCCUUCCAAUUGCUACUAAAAUUUCUUUUAUCUCCGUUCAGGAACGAGAUCCUUUUUAAAAGUAAUGAGUUAUGUGUCUGGAACACUGUUUUAAGGUGGUUAUAAUUUUGCCAUUAUAAGAGUUUUGAAUUAUAGUUGAAGGGGGAAGAUGUCUUUUUGCAUGGUUAUUUGAUUCUGCACAUUCAUAAAACUUAUACGCAGAAAUUAAUCUCAUGUCUUCAUGUUCUAAUUUUUUUCUAAAUGUAUUCAAUAAAAUUCUUAUUACAUGCUG